CCCAAAAUUGAGUUUCGAGCUCAGGACGACGAUGAAGAUGAUGGAACACCGGGCGCCGUCGUUCAGCAGCAACUUGGUCGAGGAGCCGUGCAUGAUGAUGCUCACGUCGCCGACCAAGUCGACCUCGCCCAUCAAGCCGGCGACGUACAGCUUUAGCAGCGGCUCGUACGCGAACACGAGCUACGCCGACACGUACCUCCAGCGCUCGUCGAGCUACGCGCGCAAGGAGGUCAAGUGGCAACGCGCGCCGGUCGCGAUUCCCGACCAGUUCAAGAUCCGCGACAAGUACUGCGUCGGCGGCAAGCGCAUUCCGUUCACGCGCUUCAACAUGAUGGCCGCGCGCAACAAGAAACCGCUCGACGACCUCGACACUAUUUAUGAGUCGUGCUACUUUCUCGACUUCCAGUACGACGCCAUCAUGGCCGAGCCCGCGCACGAAGAGCGCGUCGCGCUCUACCCGCUCCGUGCGCUUGCCAUGACCUUUAUUCAAUAGCCGACGACCAAGAAGCCGGCUUGUACAGUACACACCUCUAAUUUAAUCCAUUUCUCUGCGACGAAGCAGCACUUGU